AUAUGGUUUAGUUUUAGGUAGUCCUGCAAGGGGCAGGGAGUUGAACUCAAUGAUUCGUAUGGGUCCCUUCCAACUUGAGGUAUUCCCUAAUUCUAUAACUGAAUGAUAGUCUCCAGAGCAGAUGUAAAUCCAAGUUAAACAUUGUCCAGACCUCUCCAAGAUCCCAGAAGUUUCUUCCAGGCCUGGCAGAGCCUGUGCUGAUGCGUCCUGUGGGCCUACCUUAAUGCAAGUCAAGUAGACCUGUUCUGGAAAGUACCUCUUGCUGACUCUGCUAGUAUGGGAAAAAGCAGGAGAGGGGACCUGUAACUAAGGAGGGGUUUAUUAUGUUGUCUGUUAUGUGUGCGCUCCCUUUCUUCCAUGUCAUUUCCUUCCUCCAACUAAUAUUAGUGGGAGGGCAUCAAUGCUAGCUUUUCUGAAACCAAAAAAAUGUAGCAUGCAAGAAAGGGGCAGCUUAUUUAAGACAGAGGUGACUUGUUCAGCUGAGCUGUCUCUAUGUCAACUAACAUGGACCAGCGCAUGAGAGCAGCCAACUGUCACAAGGUCAGUAGCACAAGCAAGCUGAGCUUGAAUGAUGGUUUUUCUUUGUUAGAAGGAUACGAAAACAAAAAUGGAAAGGAAACUUUAGCAAAUCUUAAGAUUCAGGAAGCCUCCACCCAUCCACUCAACCUGAAGUCAGGAACCUCAGGCUUCCUGAGUGCACAGCAUGUUUUUCGAAGUGGCCAGUGCGUCUGUAACAUGUUUCUGGCAAAGAAUGCCCUCCUGCCUCAGUUUUUUCUUUCAAGUCUGGACAUUUUUUUUCCUCUGUGAGACAUCACCAAGGCUACCAGUCCUGGCCCCUUGGAAGCUUUUUGUUUCUCUACAGAACAGACCUGGAAAAUCAGACUCUAAAGGAGGCUAUUCUUAGUUGCAAACACAAAUUUUCAAAAGGGAUGAGCUUAAGAAUAGAAUGGAAGAAAAUCCAGUCUCAAGAAGUCUCAUUUGUCUACUACAAUGGUGAAUUUACAGGUGAUCUUCGAGGCCGAGCAGAGAUGCUGAAUACAGGAAUUCGUAUUAGAAACGUGACCAGAAGGGACUCUGCGACCUACCGCUGUGAGAUCAGUGUAAAGAGUGAAGAGGGGCAGCGCCUGGGAGAAGCUACUAUUACUCUCACAGUAUUGGUUGCUCCAACUACUCCGGUGUGUGAGGUACCCAGCUCUGCGAUGACGGGAACAGUAGUGGAACUGAGCUGUAAGGAGACGGAGGGGUCUCCUCCAUCAGAGUACCAGUGGUACAAGAAUGGUGUUCCCUUACUGGAAAAGACAGGAGCAGGCAGUGCUAGAGCAGCAAACAUAACUUACACCAUGAAUAGAAAGUCUGGCACUCUGCUAUUUAACACAGUUACAAAGAAUGACACUGGAGAGUAUUACUGUGAAGCCUCCAAUGGGAUCGGAUUAUCUCAGAGAUGCUCAGUGAAGCGAAUGCAAGUUGAUGACCUUAAUGUAAGUGGUAUCAUCGCUGCAGUAGUAUUUGUGGCUCUGGUAAUGGCAUUGUGUGGCCUUGGAGUAUUUUAUGCCCAAAAAAAGGGCUACUUUACAAAGGGAAGCUCUUCCCAAAAGAAGACCAACUAUCAAUCUACGAGUGAAAAGGAUUUCAAGCAUACCAAGUCCUUUGUUAUUUAGAAGAUUUCAGCCUCUGUGAGGGACAUCAAAUGACUACUUGUUAUACAAAAGUAUCAAAGGGAUCUGUUGACCUCUACUAUGUAAAUAUUGUUUCCACCCACUACACUCUGAAAAUAGAAACUGCCAAUGUUUAGAUCUAGUCAACCUGUCGGCGAUUGCUUUAAAAAAAAAUAAAACCCCAAAAAACUUAACUUAAAGACAGAACUAAAUUGAAUGUACAAGUCACUUCUGUGAAGACUUCUCAUUUUGUUCAUGUAUACAUGCAGCAAUACAGGAUUCACUCCUACAGCUUGGAACAAUCUAUUCAAAUAACUUCAAUAGAUGACCUUGCUACCACUACUUCUACUGCUUAUGUCUCCACCAUUGUCAAGGGCUCAAUAUCUCCUGCAAUUCUGACUUGUAUUAGAUUUGCCAAAGCCACGUGUAAGUCGUUGUGCAGACUUAAACUCACUCUCCUGACAGAAUAGAGCUUCCUAUAAUUGAGGCUCAAGCAGUGUUUUAUUGUUGAGUAUAAAAUGCAAACAGCUUCUCUUCCAUAAGGAAGUACAUCUCCCUCUCUGUAGACUGCAUGUGUAAUUUCAUUUUGAAGAAAUAUCAUGCCAGUACAACUCAAGCUGUAGUAUCUGGACUGUAGCUGCUGAAGUGUCACAAAUAAAUAGCUCUGUGGAACUUGAA